UGCCCGUGGCCGCUCCCCCUGGGACUGAAUCGAUGCUCUGCGGUUCAUCACGUUCUGGUGGAGUUCCCGAGUGUCCGGAGAACAGUGUCGUGACAACCAAGACCGCGGGAGAGUUUCUUAAUUACUCAGUGUCAUUCAGACCGAGCCAGUGUUUGUAAAAUAGGUUUUGAUCCGCAGUGCCCCUAGCAGCGAUCUGCAGAGCAGUCCGCGAUGUGGCUGUCAGUGCAGACUAAGUUGGGCUGGUCGUCUUUGGAAAUGGGUUGGAACGCUGCUGCGGUGAUAAACGACGAGUAGGAGUAAAACUUUGAGGUAUAGCUGUGGACCAACAGUCUAUGAUCACGCACACCUUGGCCAUGCUUGCUCCUACGUUAGAUUUGACAUAAUUCGGAGGAUCCUGACCAGGGUCUUUGGGUGCAGUGUCGUCAUGGUGAUGGGAGUCACAGACGUGGACGAUAAAAUCAUCAAAAGAGCCAACGAGUUGAACGUGUCACCCGCCUCGCUCGCCAACCUUUAUGAAGAAGAUUUUAAACAAGACAUGGCGGCCUUGAAGGUUCUCCCCCCGACGGUGUACAUGAGGGUGACGGAAAACAUCCCUCAGAUAGUCGCGUUCAUCGCAGGGAUCAUCGCCAGCGGGCACGCUUACUCCACCGCGAGAGGCAACGUCUACUUCGACCUGCAGUCGCGAGGCGCCAAGUACGGCAAGCUGGUCGGCGUGGUCCCCGAUCCCAUGGGAGAGCCAGGUGACUCUGACAAGCGGCACGCCGGCGACUUUGCCCUGUGGAAGGCGGCCAAGCCGCAGGAGCCCUUCUGGGCCUCCCCCUGGGGAAACGGAAGGCCUGGCUGGCAUAUUGAAUGCUCCACCCUCUCCAGCUUGGUGUUUGGGAGUCGGCUGGAUAUCCACUCGGGCGGCAUAGACCUGGCUUUUCCGCACCACGAGAACGAAAUCGCCCAGUGUGAGGCCUUCCACCGGUGCCCACAGUGGGGGAACUACUUCCUGCAUUCGGGGCAUCUGCACGUGGAGGGCGGGGAGGAGAAGAUGUCCAAGUCGCUCAGGAAUUACGUCACCAUCAAGGACUUCCUCCGCUCAGCCUCCCCCGACGUCUUCCGGCUCUUCUGCCUGCGGAGCAGCUACAGGUCAGCCGUUGACUACAGUGACGGCGCCAUCCUCGAGGCCAGGCGCCUGCUCCACGCCGUGGCCGCCUUCGUGGAGGACGCUCGGGCCUACAUGAGGGGACAGCUGGCUGGUGGCCCCGUGCGGGAGGACGUGCUGUGGGACAGGCUGGGCCGCACCAAGGGGGCCGUGCAGGCGGCCCUGGCAGAUGACUUCAACACGCCCCGGGCGGUGGACGCCGUCGUGGAGCUCAUCCAUCACGGGAACAGAGAGCUGAAGGCGGCCGCGGAGGAGCCCCGAGGCCCCAGGAGCCCCGCCGUGCUUGGCGCCCUCGUGUCCUUCGUGGAGCAGUUCUUCGAGACGGUGGGGAUUUCUCUGGCCGAGCGACAGCGAGCCGCGGGGGCCGGCAGCCCGGCCGCCCUGCACAGCGUGGUGGAGGAGCUGGUGCGCUUCCGGCAGACGGUCCGCCGCUUCGCGCUGGCCGCGGGAGAGGCCGCUGGGGAGGCGCGGCGACGGCAGCUGCAGGAGAGACGGGCCCUGCUGGAGGCCUGCGACGCCCUGCGCAGGGACCUGAGCGCGCACGGCGUCAGGAUCAAGGACAGGAGCGACGUGUCCACGUGGGAGCUGCUGGACCCGCGGACGGAAGACCCCAAAGCAGGGCGCUGAGGCCGGGGCUCGCGGGAGGGUCCGUGCUGCCUCCGGUCAUGAGGGCGGCUUUACCUUAGUUGUCCUUGGGGCUGUUUCACCUCAAUAAAUCAAGCUGAUACCCCAG